GUGUGACCAUACCAAAAUAUAAACAGGAUGAAAUUACCGCACUAUUUUGAACGUAAAAUCAAAAUGACUGUUUAUUAAAUUCGGAUUGAUUGAGUGGCCUGAGUGGGUAUCAUAAGUUGACAUGAAUUCUAAAUCACAAGAAGGCUUUGUAAGGAGCCUAGAACCGAGACCUCUUAAGGACCUGAACUACAGGGAGUCUGGUAAGCAGACCGACAUGUCAUCGAAAUUAUGCCCAGACGGAUCCUCACAGAAGCAGAAAAUCUCUUUGCAAGAGUACAGAAAGCGUGUGCAGACGAGUCCCCAGGCAAAGACUGGGACGUCUGAACUGGGGCGAGAGAGAGACGAAGUGCUGGAGCGCUGUGCUGAGGAGACUGGGGAUGGCAGGCAAAACUCCGUGGCAAAACUUGCACAACAAUGUGACGGGCAAGACGUGAGAACAGUGAGCCAUGACGUUGUAGAUAUCAGCACUGAUCUUGGUAACAUGAGUAUUGAUCAGCUGAAGGAGAGUUAUCUAGAUGACAGAACUGGGAACAUACUGGCCCCUAACAGAGACAAUACCCAGCAACAACUUGAGACCAAUAAACAAGAUAAACUGUCUGUAACGAGCAAUGGUAAUGGUCGUGAGCCUAAAGUUAAUAAGCUGAAAUUAAGCAAGUCAUCAAGUGCUUCUAAAUGCGAUGCUGCCUCUGUUGGUAAAAGUAACCCAGUGUUGAGUAGGUCAGAAAAGUCAGAGAGCGCUCUGCAGAAAAAUAAAAAUGAUGUCAACGACAACAGUACCAGAAAAGAUCCUAAUGUUGAAUCACAGCCAUUAGCAGAGUAUAUACAGCAAAAGACAGGUAAAAGCUUGUCUCUUGAAGUAGUAAAGUUACCAAAAGAAAGGAAAGAGAAAGUUGUUCAUUCUCAGAAGCCACUGGUUAUUGAUUUGACAGAAGAUGAAAACAUACCUGCACCUGUUAUAAAAAGCACCAGUCAGGAGAAGUCCUUUAAGAAUCCCAUAGAAGCUACCAAAGAGACUUCAGAUCAGGCUAUAAAGCCUAAUGAAAAUGUAUCAGAAUCAUCUAAGCCAAUCAAAUCUGCAAUGCCACUGAAUAAUAAUGCAAAUCAGCCAAUGAAAUCGUUUGAAGCAUUAAGCAAGCAGGCUGGUCAGUUUGAGACUGGUUCACAUCAGGAAAAGCUUGGACAGGGUAAACAGUGGACACAGGCAAGGACCCAGUCUACUGGGCCAGCUCAGCAGGCUGGUUUCAAACCUGCAACAUCCCUGAUGCACCAGUCUCUCCAGGCUGAUAUCCAGGCACGCAAUGAGCUGGCAAAGAAGCUUGAAAAGCAAAAGGCCUUGGUAGCAACAGUAAAGAUGUCCCAGCUUCCGGACAAGGGUGAGAGGCUGAUGUCAACAGUGGAAACUAUGGCAACCACUCUAGCUGACCUUGAUCACAAGCUGAAGGUCAAGGUCGCUCAGCUAAACAGUCAGAACGUUGCCUCAGCGAAUAGUGAAGGUUCAGUCAGUUCAGCACCCAACCCACACCAGUCGUCACAGACUGUUCCCAAACAGCCCCAGGUGAUCCGGGUCUACCCGGGUGGGACCGUAGCGCCAGCUCAGCCCGGAUCUCACGUCCCACACAACCCGGAACACCUACGUCAGACCACCCUGCUACCCCACGUCACACAGAUACCACAACAUGUGCUCCAGCAGAUGUAUGCAGCCAACCCUCAGGCCAUGCAGCUGUAUGGAGGUCGUAUGACGGACGCCAGGCUGAGAGAAGUGGGCAGUGUCACAAAAGAUGCCAUUGAGAAACUGCACAAGCAGCUGGAGUCGUGCCCUAAGACAGAUGAGGAGCUGGAGGACCCUAGAGGGCUCGUAGUUCCUCUCAUGACUCACCAGCGUCAGGCCCUGGCAUGGCUUGUGUGGCGUGAACGCCAGUCACCCUCGGGAGGUAUUCUUGCUGACGACAUGGGACUUGGGAAGACGCUGACAAUGAUAUCUUUGAUCAUCAAGCAGCAAGAACUGCGCAAGCAUGGAACCGAUGCGGAGAAAGUGGUCUGGUUGAACAGGGACAAGCAGCUUGAGAAGAUGGACAAAACGCUCGUGAAGUCCUCAGCAACACUAAUAAUCUGUCCUGCAUCGCUGAUCCACCAGUGGCGGACAGAGAUAGAGAGACGUUGUAGGCCUGGCCUGCUGAGGGUGUGCAUGUACCAUGGGCCAAACAGGGAAAAAAACAUCCUCAAGCUAGCCAGCCAGGAUGUUGUACUGACCACAUACAACAUUGUGGGCAAGGAGGUAGAGUUGGAUGACAACGAUAAGAAUGGGGAAAACCCAGUGAAGGACGAGGGGCAAGAGGAGGCAGGAGAAACCAGCAAAUUAGAGCCCAAGCCAUCAGGUGAGCUCCCCAACAUCAUGCGAGUUGCCUGGGAGCGGAUCAUACUGGACGAGGCGCACAACAUCAAGAACCACAAGGCCGUCCAGUCCCGUGCUGUGUGCAGGCUCCGCGCAGGCUUCCGCUGGGCCCUUACUGGCACUCCAAUACAGAAUGACCUGCUAGACAUGUACUCACUGCUCAGGUUUCUUCGCUGCUCUCCAUUUGAUGAGUAUAAAGUUUGGAAGCGACAGGUUGACACAGGCAACAACACAGGUCACAGCAGACUGAAUGUGCUGGUGAAGACGCUGCUUUUACGGAGGACCAAAUCACAGACUGGCACCUCUGGCAAGCCUCUGGUGCCGUUGCCAGAGAAGUCCUCCACCACACAUGAGCUGGUGCUGUCUGAACAGGAACGACAGGUGUACGACAAAAUCUUCGACCAGUCUAGGUCUGUUUUGAAGGAAUACAUUGCCCGUCAUGAAGAAAAAGGCAUGAGAGAUGGUUUGACCCCAUCCAAGACCCCCUUGACCACAAACCCCUUCCUGGACAAGGGUGAAGGUCAGAGGUCAAGUGUGGGUAGUGGGGGUCAAGUAGGAGGCAAGGCCACUGGUCAGCACAUCCUGGUGCUGUUGCUACGCCUACGACAGUGCUGCAGUCAUCUUAGCCUCAUGAAAGAUGCUCUGGAUGAAGAGACCCAGGAGAACGAGGGACUGGAUCUCACUCUGGAGGAACAGAUGAUGGAUCUCCUGCUAGACGACAAGAAGGACAAAGAGCAGGCCCUGAAAAAGUCCUCACAGAUAUUCCAGCCCGAGUCACUCAGCACCAAGAUGCAGGCAUUAUUGGAUAAGAUUCAAGCUGUGCAUAGACCCAGUGACUUCAAGACCCGCUGCAAAAGUGUGAUUGUUUCCCAGUGGACAAAAAUGCUGGACAUCGUGGCCAUGCACCUGAAUCGUAUGAAGAUCCAGUGUACUGUCAUACAGGGAAACAUUCCACCAAAGAAACGCAUGGAGUUUGUGGAUCAGUUUAACAAUGACCCUGCCGGGCCAGAGGUCAUGCUGGUGUCACUGCGGGCCGGAGGGUGUGGCCUCAAUCUGAUUGGUGGAAACCAUCUCUUCCUGCUUGACAGCCAUUGGAAUCCUGCUUUAGAAGACCAGGCAUGUGACAGAAUCUACCGGGUGGGACAGAAAAAGAAUGUGUACAUACACAGGUUUUUAUGCAAGGACACAGUAGAAGAAAAGAUUGUUCAGCUGCAGAAACGGAAGAUGACCUUGGCACAGAAUGUUCUUACUGGUGGAGCGAAGGCAAACACCAAACUAACGUUGGCAGAUUUACGUAUGCUGUUUGGAGUGUAGAAAACAAUGGUGCUGCUGGAGCAUAGGCAAACACCAAACUAACGUUGGCAGAUUUAUGUAUGCUGUUUGGAGUGUAGAAAACAAUGGUGCUGCUGGAGCGAAGGAAAACACCAAACUAACGUUGGCAGAUUUACGCAUGCUGUUUGGAGUGUAGAAAACAAUGGUGCUGCUGGAGCCAAGGCAAACACCAAACUAACGUUAGCAGAAUUACGUAUGCUGUUUUGAGCGUAGAAACAAUGUUGCUGCUAUUUUUACAUAGUUACACUUAACUUACAUUUAUAGACUGUGAAAGGGCAGUUAUGAUAUGAGUCGUGUUCUGAGAAAACUGGGCUUUAUGCAUGUGCGUAAAGUGUCAUCUCAGAUUAGCCUGUGCAGUCCACACAGGCUAAUCAGGGACGACACUUUCCACCUAAACUUGAUUUUCGGUAAGGAGGGACUUCCUUAAAACUAAAAAUAACAUAAAAGCGGAAAGUGUCGUCCCAGAUCAGCCUGUGCGGACUUCACAGGCUAAUCAGGGACGACACUUUCCGCCUAAACUUGAUUUUCGGUAAGGAGGGACUUCCUUGAAACUAAAAAUACCAUAAAAGCGAAGUGUCGUCCUGUGCGGACUGAACAGGCUAAUCUGGGACAAAACUUUAGGCACAUGCAUUAUGCCCAGUUUUCUCAGAACACAACUUACACAUGUAAAGCUCAUUUAUGAACUUUUACUAGACAGCAACAUGUUCUUAUACAAAGUAUGUAAGAAUGAAUUGCUAUGAAUAGAUAAUGAUAUUUCCUAUAUAUUACGCAUACAAAUUACAUGUUCACUCGGUGUUGUGAAUCUCUGGUAGAUGACACUUGUAACAUGAAAUGUUAAUAAUGUUCCAAAUUAACUUUAUUGAUAGUGUCAUUCUUGUGUCUUGAGCACAAAAUGUUUCGUGACUGUAAUUAAAUUUUAAAGUCCUGUGCACAGGGACCAGUCCAAAAAAAAAUGGGUAGUGUAUGUACACUACCCAUUUAUUUAUAUUUUUUUAACUGGCCCCUGUUGUCAUGUGUAAAUAAAGCACCAAAUAAGAAAGGUUGAGCUUGGUAUAAUUAAAGACCUUAUUUCAUGUGUGAGACACUGCCAUGAAAAACAUGGAUUUUAGAUACAAAAUUUAAAACCAAUACAACAGUUUCAUAAUUCAUACAAUUGUGACAUUUCAUCUAAUUCAAACUUCAAGACAUGAUUAACAAUAGUAUAAACAUUCCAUACCUUUGUUAGGUAGCUUUAAGUAACUGCCAUUUAUUGUUCGUUUUUUUUUGUAUUCUCGAAAUUAAAUAUUUGUAUUUUAUUUCUCAUAACAGUUAAUUUAUUUUAUGAAACUGAGCAAAGACACAUGAUAUAUACUUUUGUUUCAUACAAUACAUACAAUACAAAGUGUUUUUUCAAUUAACAAUUGUGUACAUUAGAUAUGUAUGAGCUAUAUUGUAUAAUUGGUUUUAGGUAACUACAUGUAGUACUAUAUACAUCUAAAUCCUGCUUAUUAAUAAAUCUUCUAUAUACAGACAUU